AUGUGCGCGUUCUCUCUCCAGAGCUGUACGCAGGGUGAGGACAGGCUGGCCAUCCUGUGUACCACUCCCUCCCUGAAGGACCUGGGCCUGCAGCCUCCUGUGGUCACCAAGGUGGCGUUCAUCCUGGAUGGUUUCACCAUGCCCCAGUUUGACCUGCUCUAUGUAGAGGACCCUUGCUUCGAGGACUUCCAGAGACCCACAGUCACAUCCAAAGGCAACAAGAGCAUCCUGGAGAUUAAGGUGCCAGGUCGUAUGGAUGUGGAGGCGAUGAAGGGAGAGGUGUUGAAGGUGUCUAACAGGUCCUGUGAGAGUGUGACUGUGGUGGGUAACACCCUGGAGUGUACUGUCCCCAUGGAGUUACGGGAUGCCACCAAUGAACUCGAGGUGGAG